GCUUCCAGGAUUGGGCUCUACAUACCUCGUGGAAGAGCUGCAGGGGAAGGGCCUCGUCAGGCACCCAAGGGUUCUGCUUUGGAAAAGAAGGGAGACGCAAGGGUGGAGGGAGAGUCUAACAGAACAGGGAUGCCUCCUGCUAUUAAAAGCCAGCUGCUCACACGCCAGAGUUGCUCUCUGUCCAGACGCUCCAAGUCGACUAGGGAGGCAAAGCUGGGCCAGGCUGCUGGGGAAAAAGAGCCUUCUCCCAGGCUGCUGACGGCAUGUCAGAAGAGCUCCUCAAUGAUGGCAGUUGAGGGGAAGGGCAAGCGCUCUGCUGCAGCCUGGCCCCAAACUCAAGCCCUUGCCUGUGAGGGUCAUCGGAGAGCAGGACAGCAGAAGACGCAGCUGGACAUGCAGAGGCUGCAGACAGAGAGUGCAUCCUCCAUGGCACUUGUGGAACUGAAAAAGUCUCUGCAAAUGGUACCAGUGGAUAUGAAGCAGCAGCAUGUCCUCAUCCCUCACCCCCCAGAGAAGAAGGUUGAGGCAGCUCUGAGCAAAUCAAGCACCAACUGCCUUUCAGUGAGGAGUGUGCGGGUGAGGAAACAGCUGGAGAAGAGAAAGGAGGCCAUGCAGAAAGACAAGACCAAGAGCAGAGCUGUGGCCAUCCCUGGGAAUUCUGCAGAGGAUCUUCUGAUCUGCGUUGGUGAGAAAAUCCCUGUGCUUCCAAUGCCAAAGAUGACACGACCAUCAGGGAAACCAGCGCGGACCCCUCGCAGCUGUGAGCAGCUGCGAGCCCAAUAAAGGUUGUUGCUUCCUGCUGGAAGGACCAGCACGGGCUUUGUAGUGUUCUGAUUUCACACAAACAUGGAGAGGUUGAGGUUUAAGGUACCUGAAGAGGUCAGCAUGGCCAACCCCCUGCUCAAACAGGGCCACCCAGCACCCGUGUCCAAGGACCAUGUCCUGUGCAGAUGGCUUUCAGGUAUCUCCACUUGGCUAGGGAGACUCCACAGCCUCUCAGGGAACUUGUGCCAGGUCUCGGUCACCCACAUGCUACGGAAGUGUUUCCUGAGGUUCAGAUGGCAGACGCUGUGUUUCCUUCUGUGCCCAUCGCCUCUUGUCCUGUCACUGGGCUCUGCUGAAAUGAGCCUGGCUCCAUUCCCUUUGCACCCUGCCCGCAGGCAUGUAGUUAGCCACUAAUAAGAUCCCCCCGAGCUUUCUCUUCUCCAGGCUAAACAGUCCCAGCUCUCCCAGCCUUUCUUCAUAGGAGAGAAGUUCCCUCAGUAAUCCACCUCAUGAUUUUUAACUGUUAAGCAGUUAAAGAAGAAACACUUGCGGCCU